AGGAAUGGUGAAAGUCUGUUGAGUGUACAAAAAGGGUCUUCGAGCAACCCUCCCUCGCGCGGCAAAAGCCUCACAUUGGACAUGGCAGUAAUGCUUCUGAGUUAUGCACUCCUACCCUAUGCUCCCAAUGCUCCCAAUACAGAAAACGUUCGUUGUUCAUCGUUGGCUGGUUUGAUACAACUACGACUACAAGACUCCUUCGACCGCAUCGCAUUCUCUAUCUAUCUUUUCCACCUUUCAAACCCAAUCCCAAACCCAAUCUCAAUCCCACUCCCACUCCCACUCCCACUCCCACUCGUUUUCACUUCACCAAACGCACCCAUUUCGCUCUCUGUCAUUCUCAUACCCGAAUCGCCAUGGCUGAAGAUCCAAAAGCAACUGCAUACCAAGAAGCCAUGGACGCCUUGUCUUCUUUGAUUACGAAACGCAGUCGCGCCGAUAAGAGCAAUAACGGCGAUCGAUUCGAACUGCUCGUUGAUUAUAUAAAGAUGCUGGAUUUGGAGGAGUCAAUAUCCAAAAUGAAGGUUAUUCAUGUGGCUGGUACAAAGGGAAAGGGCUCCACCUGCACCUUCACAGAAUCUAUAUUGCGUAAUUGUGGAUUUCAUACUGGACUUUUUACUUCUCCUCAUCUCAUUGAUGUCAGAGAAAGGUUUCGGUUAAACGGUGUCGAUAUAUGUGAAGAAAAAUACAUGGCAUAUUUCUGGUGGUGCUUUGACAGAUUAAAGGAAAAGACUAAUGAGGAUAUACCAAUGCCAUCUUAUUUUCGCUUCCUUGCAUUGCUAGCCUUCAAGAUAUUUUCAGCAGAGCAGGUAGAUGUUGCUAUCUUGGAGGUUGGGUUAGGAGGAAAAUUUGAUGCAACAAAUGUGGUUGAGGCACCUGUUGUGUGCGGUAUAUCUUCCCUUGGGUAUGACCACAUGGAAAUUCUUGGUAAUACCCUUGGAGAAAUUGCUGGGGAGAAGGCUGGUAUCUUCAAGCAUGGUGUUCCUGCAUUUACUGUGCCUCAACCUGAGGAAGCAAUGAAUGUACUCAAGGAGAAAGCUUCUCAGCUGGAUGUACCGCUUCAAGUGGUUCCACCAUUAGAUGCCAAUUUGCUCAAUGGUUUAAAACUUGGGCUUGAAGGCGAGCACCAAUAUGUUAAUGCAGGUCUUGCCGUAGCACUAUGCUCUUCUUGGCUUCAGAGGACAGGUCGUGCUGAAGCUGCACACCUGGAACAUACUAGCUCUUUGCCUGAGCAGUUCAUAAAAGGAUUAACAACAGCCAGUUUGCAAGGGCGGGCUCAGAUCGUUCCUGAUCCAUAUUUUGACGUUGACAACUAUGGAGAACUAGUUUUCUAUUUGGAUGGAGCCCAUAGCCCAGAAAGCUUAGAAGUAUGUGCUAGAUGGUUUUCUCAACAAGUCUUAAGUUAUCAACCACAAGAUAAGUCCUCACACGAGUUGGUAAGCAAGCACCUGAAUGAGAGAGUCAGAAAGCAAACCACACAGAUACUGCUGUUUAAUUGCAUGUCAGUGCGGGAUCCUCAAGUUCUUCUUCCUCGCCUGAUGGAAACAUGUGCCAGUCAUGGUGUACACUUCAAGAAGGCGCUCUUUGUACCUAAUACAUCGGUCUAUUUCAAGGUUGGAUCUCAUUCUUUGCCACCAACUGAAGUUGAUUUGUCAUGGCAGUUCACUCUUCAAAAGAUAUGGGAGAACAUCAUGCACUCAAACAGAGGAGGUGAUGACAAGACCACAGAUGCUUUUAGCGAAGACUUAAAGGAUGACUCGGAAAUGCGCGUUCGAAGUGGUGAAACUAGUGCAGUAUUUUCUUCGCUCCCGUUAGCUAUUAAAUGGCUCCGGGACACUGUCCAACAGAAUCAAUCUGUUCGGUUCCAGGUCCUGGUAACUGGCUCUUUACACCUUGUGGGUGAUGCGUUGAGAUUGGUUAAGAAGUAAGACAUCAAACCAGGAAGAGGAUUGGUUCCCGUAGCCCCACCCCACAGUUGCAGCAAGUGCUUCUGCCUAGGCGGAAGAAAUAAGGGUCAAGUGCCUCUUGUUGGGCUUCGACCACGCAAUUCCCGAAACCACCAACACUGUCAAGUCAGGCAUACACGGGCAUUAAGCAUCUCUUGCCUUGCCACAUUAUAAUAUUAAGUUGAAUGAUUAUCUUUUUCUUUUUUACUUAAAAGAUCUAAUGCUUAUAUGUGUUCCUUCACGACCUUGGUAAGUUUGUUGACAACAGGAUGCCAAGAUAUAAUAACAUUUUUUUAUUUAGAGAUC